AUGGAAUCAACAAAGUCCGAAGAUUUGGAAAAAUUUACAGUCCAACAAUUGAAGGACGAAUUAAAGUUACGAUGUUUACUAAGUUCUGGCAUAAAAAGCGAAUUAAUUACAAGAAUCGUAAAAGACAAUAUUAUUAAAUUGGCACAUGGAAUUUUGGAACGAUUAAAAUCUGAAAAAAUUAGAAGGCAAUCUGAGCAAUUGGAGUAA